CUUCCAUGUAAUACAACGCGACUGACCUCGAACCCGUUCGCUGCUUUCUGGGCCGCAACUGCCAACCACCGUCACGACCGUCACGACUCUCUCUACCAUCCAUUUACCACCAGCGGGGGCACACAGCGAUCGCACGUCUGCAUCACAAGAUCCUCCUCAAUUCCAAUCCCACAUCACACUCUUCGCACAAUGCCAGUUCCCUCAAUCCCCACUGCCGCCAGUGCCUCGCUCCACUCCGGCGAAACCGUCAAGCUCUUGGAGACGAUCCACCGCUUCCGCCCCUCCAAAGCCUUCCAGAACAUCAGUCAAGGCAGCGAAAUCACAUCCCUGGAUUUCGAUGACAAAGGCGAGCUCUGCGUCGCCUCUAGCACCGAUGAGACGCUUCAGGUGUACGACUGCGGGAGCGGGCGACACCAAAAGACGCUCUUCAGCAAGAAAUACGGCUGCCACCUCGCGAAGUUCACGCACACCUCCACCAACGUAGUCUACGCCUCCACCAAGGGCGACGACACGAUCCGAUACCUCUCCCUCCACGACAAUAGCUACAUCCGGUACUUCCGCGGGCACCGGCGCAUCGUCAACAGCCUCGAGGUGUCCCCUGUCGACGACCAAUUCAUUUCCUCAUCGUACGACGACACCGUGCGGCUAUGGGAUCUUCGCAGCCCAAACUGUCACGGAAUUCUGAACAUCUCCUCGCCCUCCAUCGCGGCCUUCGAUCCCAGUGGCAUCAUCUUCGCCGUCGCCUCGCACACCGCACAGAGCAUAAUGCUCUACGACCUCCGCAACUACGACAAGCAGCCGUUCACCACCUUCACCGUUACCGACGACAGCUUCCUGAGCAGCUUCUCGUACCCGCCCCGCAUGCCCGCCUGGAGUAAACUCGAGUUCAGCAACGACGGGAAACACAUGCUCCUCGGCACCCGCGGGCACGCCCACUACAUCAUCGACUCCUUCGCCGAGAACACCGCAAAGUUCUUGUACCGCGUCCACCGCCCCCGCGGACCCACCAACCCCAACGUCACCGAAACCGGUGGAGACGUAUGUUUCACGCCCGACGGCCGCUACAUUGUCGGCGGCCAUGGAGAUCGCGGCGUGAGCGUCUGGGACACGGCGAUGCCCGCCGAUGAGAAGAAGACUCUCAAGCCAGUUGUAGAUCUGGCAGAGAAUGGCAGGAGUAUGGCUGCGUGUGUGGCCUUCAAUCCGAAGACCAAUCUUUUUGCAAGCGCAAACAAGGAAGUGGUGAAUUUUCUUUCUUUACCUGACGAUUGGGAGUGUGGGCACUGACAAUGGCCGGGUGCAUAGAUCUUCUGGUUGCCGGAACAGCACGCACCGGAUCCCCCGCAGUCUCCGCAGCAGAGGUAGUGUGAGUUACGGGAGAGGGAUGGAUACACCGGGUGAAAUGUUUUUUUGUACAGUAUUAUUUGAUGUCAGAUAACCGCAUGAGAGCAGCUGAUUUGUC